UGCUAAAAGACAUGGCAGCUGUACGUUGGUGAUCCUACACUUCUUCCUUCUGUGUCCCUCUCCGGUAACUCUCGAAGUCCAACUUGAGUCCCAAUCCCAGUGUUACUGUUACAGCGCUAGUCUUCAUACAAGAGGAUAAAAGUCACAGUCGCGGCAGUGCAUUUAAUAGAGGAGGUGAGGAAGGAGCAGAGAGAGAGAGGCAAGGCAGACAUCCCGACGCAGUCGCUCACCUUCGUCCUUUCCGUCAUCCAUAGCUCGGUUAGCGAGGGGAGAUGAGAUGGCCCCUAUCAGGCUCUUCUUCUUCGUUCCCUGCCUCGGCUUCUUCCUCUUGUCGGCUGCUGUUGCUGUGCUUGGGGUGAAUGAGGGAGAGGACGAGGCCAUGGAGGGCAGCGGUGUGAGCUUGGCGGUGGACCCGAGCUUCCAGUUCGCGAACUCGAGGCUGAGAGACGCCUACAUUGCGCUGCAGACGUGGAAGCGCACCGCCAUCUUCUCCGACCCGCAGAACCUGACGGGCAACUGGGUUGGCCCCGACGUGUGCUCCUACUUCGGCGUAUAUUGCGCCGCCUCCCCGGACGAUCCCUACCUCACCGUCGUCGCCGGCGUCGACCUCAACCACGCCGACCUCGCCGGGUACCUCCCAAAGGAGCUCGGCCUCCUCUCCGACCUCGCCCUCCUCCACCUCAACUCCAACCGCUUCUGCGGCACCGUGCCCCCCACCUUCGGCCGCCUGCGCCUGCUAUUUGAGCUGGACCUCAGCAACAACCGCUUCGUCGGCAAGUUCCCCGAGGUGGUGCUCCACUUGCCGGCCCUCCGUUACCUCGACCUCCGCUUCAACGACUUCGAGGGACCCAUCCCUCCGGGGAUCUUUGAGCGGCCCCUCGACGCCAUCUUCCUCAACUCCAACCGCCUCCGCGCCGGUAUCCCCGCGACCCUGGGCUCUUCCCCCGUCUCCGUCCUUGUCCUCGCCAAUAACGACCUCGGCGGGUGCAUCCCCUCUUCCAUCGGCGGCAUGGCCAACACGCUUAACGAGAUCAUCCUCCUCAAUGACAACCUCACCGGCUGCAUCCCGCUCGAGGUCGGGCUGCUCCGCCGCGUAACCGUCUUCGACGUCAGCUUCAACCGCCUCCAGGGCCCGCUGCCUGAGUCCGUUGCCGGCAUGCAGAGCGCCGAGCAGCUGGACGUCGCGCACAACCGCCUCACCGGGCGCAUCCCCCCGGGCGUCUGCGACCUACCCAGCCUCCAGAACUUCACCUACUCUUACAACUUCUUCACCGGCCAGCCGCCGUCCUGCGGGCGCGCCGGGAGGGCGGUGGCGUUCGACGGCAAGGUGAACUGCAUCCCCGGCCUGCCGGACCAGCGCUCUCCCAAGCAGUGCUCCUCCGCGGCCGCGCAUCCCUUCGACUGCCGCAAGUCCAAGUGCUGGAGUGGCGGCGCCGUGCCGUCCCCUUACACCAAGCCGCCUUCCCCUAUGCGGCCGCCGAAGUAUGCUUCUAGGAGACGGCAGCUACCGCCGCCGCCGGCUCCGGUCGGGGGCAAGAGUCGAGGCUACUUUAAGCGAGCUUCGCCACCGCCGCCGCAGUACGAAUCAUCGCCUUCCACAAGAUCCCACCCCCCGCCACUACCGUCAUACUCGCCGAAGCAAUCGCCGCCGCCAUCACCAUCGGGCUACCAUGCUUCUUUAUCACCACCUGCCCCUCCUACGCACGGCUACGAACCAGCAAAGCCUCCCCACAUCCCAUCGCCACCCACAACUGUCUCACCUCCAACGCAGUAUUAUCCAACGCCUUCUCCUGUCCCGGUUCAGCCUCCGACAUAUACUUCUCCUCCGGUUGCCCCGCCAUCACAAAAGCCAUGGCAAGCUCCACCACCACCAGCAGGGUACUCGUCACCGCCUUUGCCCAAGUAUGCUCCUCCGCCAUUGGAAUAUUCGUCGUCACCACCACCUCCGCCGCCCGUGGUGAAGCCAUCUCCUCCUCUUCCGCAUGAACAUCCAUCACCUCUGCCAUCUACACCAAAGCAAUCUCCCCCGCCGUCGCUUCCACCACCAUCAGAACUGCCACCGCCACCAGCACCGCCCAAGCGCCACGAGGAGCCUGCGCCGCCAAUACUACCCCCUGUUGUGGGCGUGUCGUAUGCUUCGCCACCACCGCCGGUGAUACCCUACUACUGAUCGCGCGCGGCAAACUCGUCUCUCUGCUACUCUUCUCCCUAUAUCUUCCUCCAAUUCCUUCUUUGUUAAUUGAUCAUUACAACUAGAUAUUCUUUUUGUUCUCGCCCUUGUUCGUCGUCGUUCGCUUAUGCAAUGCAUCGGAGCAAGUAUUAUUGCUCGGAUUAGCUUUC